AUGGAAGCCUCAGCCGCCGGCGCCGUCCCGAAGGCGAAGAAGUACGUGGUGGGGCGCAAGCUCGGCGGCGGCCCGAGGAAGAAGGCGGUGGCGCGGUCCGUCAAGGCCGGGCUGCAGUUCCCCGUCGGCCGCAUCGGGCGCUUCCUCAAGAAGGGCCGGUACGCGCAGCGCGUCGGCAUGGGCGCUCCCGUCUACCUCGCCUCCGUCCUUGAGUACCUCGCCGCCGAGCUCCUGGAGCUCGCCGGGAACGCCGCCAAGGACAACAAGAAGUCCCGCAUCAUCCCGCGCCACCUGCUGCUCGCCAUCCGGAACGACCAGGAGCUCGGCAGGCUGCUCGCCGGCGUCACCAUCGCCCACGGCGGCGUGCUGCCCAACAUCAACCCCGUGCUGCUCCCCAAGAAGACGGCCGAGAAGGAGCCCAAGUCGCCCAAGAAGGCUGCCAAGUCCCCCAAGAAGGCGGCCGAGAAGGAGCCCAAGUCGCCCAAGGCCGCCAAGUCCCCCAAGAAGGCUUAG